AUGGAGUUUGCCAGAGGCGCCAAUUGGUUGAGGAGUUUGCUCCAUGACACUUUGGAUCCUCGUGGAACGCCCGUGGGCACACACAGUUUGAAAGCAAGCUUGCUUUCCAUGGCGGCGAAGUACGGGUUGCCUCACUCUCAGCGCAAGUUGCUGGGAUACCAUGCUGGCAGCAAAGAGCAGAGCAUGCUGUGCUACUCCAGGGAUAGCAUGGCAGAACCCCUUCGUCAAAUGUGUGAGAUGAUACGGGCUGUGAAGAACAAAGCUUUCUUACCAGACUGUUCACGUUCAGGCCGUUUUCCUUUGAAAGAACUUGGUGAGGAGGUCAUCGAAGGGGAUGAAUUGAGUGAUUCAUCUUCCUCCGGUUCGGAGAAUGAGGAGGAGACCCAUCACGAAAGUGAGGAGAGUGCUUGUGAGAAGCUCUUGGGCCAAUGGCAGCCCGCCACUGUCGAGCCGAUGGAAGAAAAGGUCUUUGUGAGGCACCGCAUUUCCAGGUGCAUCCAUGCAUUGGCUGAUGAGACAGGGCCACCUGAGCCUUCCGAGAUCGCGGUGAAGGAAAAAGACCUGGAGGAGGCGGGCCAACAACCAGGCCAUCAGAGGGCCCUGCGGCAGGUGAACCGCCUGCCAAAAGAAUCAAAGGCGGGGGAAAGGAAAAAGCUCACAUCAUUUCUCUGCAGUCACCGUGAAUUUGCCGCCUUAGAGUUGUAUUGCGAUGGUCAACAUGAACACCUUCCAUGGGGCAUUGCAGAGGAUGGAGCUUUUAGCACUUCGCAUGAAGCCGAGUAUCCCAAAGCUUUAUGUGUCAGAUAUGCCGAAAUUUUUCAUGAACUGUGCCGUGCCCGCGGCAUUGUGCCAGUACAGCAGGCAAGCGACGAAGUGCAAAAGCUGGCUCCCAAUCAACAGCCCAAAGGUCGCAAGCUGCCGCAGUUGAACAAGGCUUCACGAGCGAAUGAGCUGUGCGAUGUUUUGGAUCGAAUCCUGCAGUCUAAGAAAGUGGUAGUCAAGGAACUUCCAUCAACCUUGGGCAAGCUUCAAUUUGCGGAAGGUCAACUAUGGGGAAGAACUGGACGGCUGGCGUUGUCCGAACUAAGGAGGCAUGAGAAGUCGGGGUGCGCUGAACGGUGGCAGGUUGAUGGAAAAUCUCAUGUGGUUGGUUUGGUAGAACUUUAUGCAGCGGUCACCGCUUUCAAUACCUGGGCUGACAUUCUGCAAGACCAGCGUUUGAUUUGCUUCACCGACAGUUGGCCGGUGCUUGAUGCUUUGGUGAAAGGAAAUUCUCCCGUUGAUGAAUGGCGGGACCUUCUUUUGAUUUUUGAAAAUUUGGAUGAACGAAUCAAUUCAAUGUUGUGGAUGGCUCGAGUUGCGUCCAAGUCUAAUCCUGCGGAUGCCCCAAGCAGGUUUUCUUUGAGAGAAUUGAGUUUUCUUGAGAGACUGCAGAUUUCAGAAGCAGUAUGUCCAAUCAAAGGUGUCAAGCUGAAAUCCUACGUGGCAUGUAGCUGA